AUGUCGGACUCCUCUUCUUCAGACUCGAGUUCCUCAUCUGAAGACAAGAGGAAGAAAAAGAAGGAGAAGAAGAAAGACAAAAAGAAGAAGGAUAAAAAGAAGGACAAGAAGAAAAAGAAGGAGAAGGACAAAAAGAAGAAGAAGGAAAAAAAGGACCCCUACUCCAAGACUGCCCAAGAGAAGGCCCGCUUAGAAGCACAACAGCGGCUCAUGGGCAUCGACACCAACAAGAAGGCCAAGAAGAAGAAAAAGAAGAAAUCCUCCUCCUCGGAGUCCAGCGGCUCUGAGUCGGAGAAGGUGCGGAAGAUGCAGGACAAACUGGAUGACCAGACGCUGAAGCGAGAAGAGGAGCUAGCUGAGGAGGCCGAAAAGGCUGCAGAGCCGGUCCCGGAGAAGUCCUGGGAGGAGAUGACCUGGUCGGAGCGGGCGGCUGAUGCUGCGCAGAAAGCUGAGGCUCAGGCCGUUUGGAAAGGUGCUUCCAGAGCAGAUGCCCGCCGAGCCGCAGCCAGGGCCAGUGAGGAAGUGCUCCUCCAUGCAGUCGAUGAUGGUUUCGUUCAGACAUUGCCACAGCGGGCAAAGUUCAAUGCAGCCACUGGGACAGUCUCCCGCGGAUAA